GAGUUCGACGUUUCGACGCUGAGUCAGACAGAGAUAUAGAACCAAAAAGAAAAGAACAGGUAAACGGAAAGCAAAAGGAGUUGGGAUAUUUUUCCCAGGCGACGUGGGCGGCGUAUCCAGCCAAUCCCAACUGGCGCUGGCGCGAGCCGAGGCGAGACCAACUACCAAUCAACCAACUAACCGAACAGCGCGCGCAAGAGAUGAAGCGGAAAGCUAGCAGCAGCAGCAGCCCAGAUUGCCCACGACUCAAACUCCCAAUCCCCAACCAAUCGCCUAUAAUCCUUAGUAUAGUUAGUUUAUUCCAACCCGAAUUCCAACCUCCCAAGAAUUCAAUCUCUUGUUCCGUUUCGCUUCUUUUAAUUCAAGAUUGAAUCAAUUACAUAGCGUGUUUGCUUGUCGUUGAUGCUUUGCUUCCUGGAGGAGGAAACGCCCGCACACGCCGCCGACCACCUCUCCGUUUCCUUGGAUCUUUCAGCUUCCUGUUCCUCACGAGAUCGAGAAGGGGGGAAAAAGAAAACGUCGGUUUUUAGUCUCGUUUGCCUCGAUCCUCUCGUUCUUGGUUGGUCGGCGCCAUGAGUAACACCCUGCUUCGAAUCUACCCUUCCGAGCUGAAGAUACCCUUCGAGCUCAAGAGGCAGAAUUCGGGGAUCCUGGAGCUCACGAAUAAGACCGAUCAUCAUGUAGCCUUCAAGGUGAAAACGACGAACCCUAGGAAGUACUCGGUGAGACCAACCACCGGAAUCGUUCUGCCCAGAGGGUCUUGCGGAAUCACAAUAUCUAUGCAACCGCCGAAAGAGAUCCCUACGGAUUAUAACUGCAAGGACAAGUUUCUCAUCCAAAGCGUCGUGGUAGAGGAUGGCACAACGCAGAAGGACAUUCACAGUGACAUGUUCAGUAAAGAGGCAGGCAAGGUGGUCGAGGAGUUCAAGCUGAGGGUGGUCUACAUCCCUGCCAAUCCUCCCUCCCCUGUGCCAGAGGAAGAAGAGGAUGAGAUUGAUUCCCUUGAUUCAGAUGUGGACCAUGAAGUGCAAAUGCCAUCUACGUUCGAUGCUGCAUCAAGGAAGGGAUAUACAUCUGGAUCGCAAGCUUCACAUGACGAGGGCGUCUCUUUGACCAAAGCUGUAUUGAGUAAAUAUGUAGAUGAAAACCAGAAGCUUCAACAAGAACUGGAUCUUCUUAAGAAGAAAAGGUCAUCAUCCGAUGGGGGUUUCACAGCUCUGUUUGUGCCUUUUGUCUUUGCGUUCUUCGUCUUCAUUGGAUACUUAAUGGCGGGAAGCAAUGUUUAGCCAGAAUAGCUGCAAAACAUACGCAUCGUUUUGCAGAAUUUUGUCCCUCUGGCUGAUCAAUUCUUUCUGUUUCUCUUGGUAGAAAUAUAUUUCUUCAUUAUAGGUGGUUGUCUUCCGUUCUUGUGAAGUAUAAUAUACCUCUUAAAGAAUGGGAGAGAACCAUUCAUUGUAGAUAGACAAAUAGGCGUUCUAUCUCUGAAUUGUUCAUAUAUAAUAAACCUCUGGUUCAUUAUACACACACGUUUGCUUGUAAAUGUGGUUGAGUGUAAAUUUGACCUGCAGUAUGGUCCUGGGUGAGUUCCAGAAUCCUUUCA